AUGCCGAAGCCCCCGCUGCUGCUGCGGCGGAGCCGCCCCGGGGACAGCGAGCUGGGGCGGCAGUUCCGGGACUGGUGUCUCCGCACCUACGGGGACUCGGCCAAAACCAAGACAGUGACCCGAAGCAAGUACCAGCGCAUCGCCGAGGUGCUGCAGGGGGGGGCCUGCUCGGGCACCGGCUCCGGCGGGGGGGAGAAAGGCAAGUUCCAGUUCUGGGUCCGGUCCAAGGGCUUCCGGCUGGGAAGCGGCACCCGGGAGGCGGCGAAGAUGGGUCAAGUGGUGUAUGUGCCGGUGAAAACGGGAACGGGGGCAGAUGGACUGUCGGAGCCUGAGGGCAUCUCUCUGAAACGCGUUGCUGUGGUGGAAGAUUUCUUUGACAUCAUCUACUCGAUGCAUGUGGAGAGCUCAGCAGAGCCAGGCAAAGCACCCAAACAUGCUGGCCAGAAGAAAACCUAUCGAGCGAUUGCAGAGACCUAUGCUUUCCUUCCAAGAGAAGCUGUGACCAGGUUCCUGAUGAGUUGCACUGAGUGCCAGAAGAGGAUGCAUUUUAACUCCAAUGGACUGGAGCCCAAAGAAAAUGAGCCACCCUCCUCUUUGGUGUCUGGAAUCAUUGACUACAACAUGCCUCUCACCUCCACCUAUCUGAAGCAAAUGAAGCUGCGGGUCAUGAAUUCACAGGAGCAGGAUGAGACAUCGGUGAGCAGUGAGGAUUUUGAUAUGAAUGACUCCACAUGGAUCUCAGCUGACCAGCAUCUUAACUCCAGUUUGAGCCCCAGUCAGGACGAGAGCAUGCGCAGCCCUCAGAAUCUCCACAGCCAGGAGGAUGAUGAUUCCUCAUCAGAGAGCUGCAGUGGGAACGGCUCCUCCACCCUGAACCCUUCCACCUCCAGCAGCACGCAGGGAGACAGCACCUUCCCAGAAAUGAAUGGGAAUGGACCUGCUGCUCCCAUGGACUUCACUGCUUCAGCCGAGGACCAGCCCAUCAACCUGUGUGACAAGCUCCCGCCUGCCCAUGUCACUCCUUCCUACCAGUCAGACAGCUGUGCCGAUGGGCUGCGGAGCCGGGUGAAGUACACAGCAAAGACUACAGCUGAGUCCCCUCCAUACAGUUCUGGCAGUUAUGACUCCAUCAAGACCGAGGUCAGUGGCUGUCCGGAGGACCUGACCAUUGGCAGAGCGCCCACAGCAGAUGAAGAUGACGACGACCAUGACGACCACGAGGAUAACGAUAAGAUAAAUGACUCAGAGGGGAUGGAUCCAGAGCGGUUAAAGGCCUUCAAUAUGUUUGUGCGCCUUUUUGUGGAUGAGAAUCUGGACCGAAUGGUUCCCAUCUCUAAGCAGCCCAAAGAGAAAAUCCAGGCGAUCAUUGAGUCCUGCAGCCGACAGUUCCCUGAGUUCCAGGAGAGAGCUCGCAAACGUAUUCGCACUUACCUCAAAUCCUGCCGCCGUAUGAAGAAGAACGGCAUGGAGAUGACCAGACCCACCCCACCACAUCUGACCUCAGCCAUGGCAGAAAAUAUCCUCGCAGCUGCAUGCGAGAGUGAAACACGGAAAGCAGCCAAGAGAAUGCGACUGGAGAUAUAUCAGACAUCCCAGGAUGAGCCGAUCGCCUUGGAUAAGCAGCACUCCAGAGAUUCCACAGCCAUCACGCACUCUUCCUAUUCACUGCCAGCUUCAUCUUACUCCCAGGAUCCGGUCUACGUCAACGGAAGUUUGAACUACAGUUACCGUGGCUAUGGGACCCUUGGAGGCAGCCUGCAGCCACCCACUUCACUGCAAACAGGGAACCACAGUAACGGUCCUACUGAUCUCAGCAUGAAAGGUGGGGCCUCAAGUACAGCCCCUUCUAACAGCACCAGCAGGGGGAUGCCAACUGCUCAGCUCAGCCCCACAGAGAUCAGUGCAGUGCGGCAAUUGAUUGCCGGCUACCGAGAGUCAGCGGCUUUUCUUCUUCGGUCUGCAGAUGAACUGGAAAACCUCAUUUUACAGCAGAACUGACUCCUGAUGUCUGUGUAGCUCCUGUGGCAGAAGACAAUUUACACCCUUUGGAAAUAGGCUCCCACUGGUAUCCUGCUCAGGACUAACCAUCGUCCUCCCACCCAGUAGCUGGUACAUUUAGUUUUUAAAAGGUGGAAUCCAGAACUGUUUUCUUUCACACUCCGAGCACCUGGGACUUGGGGCACAAGGACACAUUUUUGACUCUCUCAACACAGGUGCGCCUAGCUGAGCAGAAGGCAAACCUACAGCUUGGAUGGGUGGGGGAAUUUUUUAGGGUGGAAGGGAGGCUUGGGGCUGCAGAUGUAUUUAGAAUAACCUUUGUGGACCCCAACGUUAGAAUCACAUCCCCAGAUAAUUACCUUUCAAGGUCUUAGGUGAGCAGAAUUGCAUAUUUAUUGAGAAAUGGACCCUCCUCUCCCCUUAGUAAUUUAUUUUUCUGAAAAUGGUUUCUUUUGAGUUUGUACAGAUUGCCAGUUUUGUGUCCGUCUGAUCAGGAGGAAUUUAUUCCUGUGAAAUAACACAUUCCAGGAUCACUACACUACUAAUGGCUGAGCAGCUACACCUGGGAGAGACCCCUUUCCACAGGGUGCAAGUUUCCCAUUUAGUCCUAGAACUUCUAGGCUGCUCGGCCUCCAGCAAGCUUAGGCAGAAGCUGAACAAUGAGGAAAGAGUGUCUUGUUAGACCUUUAUGCUAAGCAGUCCUAUAGCAGCAGCAAUAGGGCCAAUAUCUCCUGCAGAGACUCAGCAAGCUCAGUAGACCUCCAACUGGAAGGACCUUUCACACUCAUUUAGCUCAGUGCAGAGCAAAACAGAAAAUAUCUGAGAACCACUGUCACAUAUUCACCAUCCAUAUUCUACCUCGCACUUCAUUGUGGGCUUUUUCCAGGACUCACAGGGGUUCUGAACAGUUCACCCCAUAAUGUGGAUGAUUAUGAUGUGCAUCUAAGACUGGGGAGCAGACAAGUAGAUAACACUGAGGAGUCAAAACUAAGCCAGCAGAUGGACAGCUGCCCCAAGCUGGCUCCCUUUUUUGUUCAGAAGAGAAGGAAGGACAUGCACUGCUGAUGGACAGCAGCUCACUGUGGCAAUGGAUGAUGUCUGACCUCUCCUCAAUGAGGAAUCCCAGGCUGUCUUCACAAGUAUAUGUGAAACUAGCGCUGAGGGCAGCAGCAAGAGAACUGUUUAGAGAAACACACGUGAAUAAUAAAGACUAGCGCAGACGUUUAGGGAGAAAAGUAAACUACUUCAGUGAAACAAGCAGUUCAUUCCUACUCAAAAGGAAAAUUAGGAGACUCUCAGCAGCAGAAAGGGUGAAAAUUCUCCCCAGGGCCCAGGCGCCCUCCUCAUCCCCCCAGUAACAGUCCUGGGAAAAGUUCACAAUUCCUAAAGCGUGGGGGAAAAAAUUGGCCUGAUUACCAUUGCUGUUUCUCCCCAACUCCCACCCUCUCAAAAACCAAAACCAAUGCACUUCCCUUUGCUCAGUGCAAUACCUACUACCAGUGCUGCUAAAACCAGGGACUUUGCUCAGGCAUCAAGAUGCUGAGCAGGGCCAAGCAAUGCAACAUAGUCUGUAGCCAUAAAAAGCAGCAGAUAAUUGCUGCCUAAGAAUCGGUGAGAAGAAUUCUCACCCUCUCCCUUGUCAGUGCUGGCAGAAUUCUUCUCCUGUCCUCCUUUCUAGGGCAAGGACCACAAGCAGCAGCACCAGAUAGACGUGAAUAUUAAAAUAAUUUUGAUCAUUUUAAA